CACCCCAUCCAAAAAAGGGCAACAAACCAUAUUUUCAUUCUCUAAUCUCUAAUGACUAACACUAAUCACGUUGGCAAAGAAUCGCCCACAGUCUAGCAGUACCAACGAAAGGUGCUGUGUUGCUCUUUGUGUGUGUGAGUGUUUGUAACAAGGGAGGUUUUAUCCAGAAGGGAUGCUGUUAAUGAGCGUACGGAGCGGCUUGAAACGUUUCGAGAGUAGUACACCGUUUGUAAAUUAACAACCGAGCAGUGCCGAAGACAGUGCCUGUAAUGUCAUCUUGCGCUUAACAGCGAACCUUAGCCUGCCCAUAGGCAAAACCUGCCCUGUGCCAGCCAGUUGUACACCCAAACACAGUUGCCAGAGCCAGUUGGUAAGCUCUUGGAAUGGAACAAAACAAAAAAAUGAAGAAAAAAAGGUCGCAUAAUUUUAGGCGCUCCUAAUGUCCCUAACAAAUGGGGUGCCGGAAGCGAGAAGCGACCGUACGAACAAAAAGGGGGAAAUAUUGCUCUUGUUAAGCUAAAUAGUCACUGUUAGCACAUGAAAUAUCACGCUUUCCUUCCCCACACGGAGGGUAAUGUUGCUGUGCGGCGGUUGAGCAACUAUGGGAACGGAGCGGAAAGCAGCGGAAACCAUGGCGAGGGUUGAACUCGAGGGAGUGUUGGAGGGGGUAGAGGGGAGGAGAAAAAAACGAGCUGCAAGCCACUAGGCUGGGCUGGGCUGCGGUGUACGUUUUGGGGUUUGGUUAAGUUGGUUGGUCGUGGUGGUUUGGUGCGUUCCUGCUAAGGGUUGCUGCCGGGAGGGAUGGUUCCGUCGUCCUGCGCUUGGAAGAAACGGACAGAGCGAAUGCGAACGACUGCCGACAGCGGAGUCACAGAAGGAGUGAAAAGGAAUACCACGACAUAAAAAUCCCGGUGACCGUGUGUUCAUCGUGCGACUAGGAACGAAGAAGCGGUCCAGUCGACAGGGCCGUCCCUGUGCUGUUUUAUUUUUUUUUUUCGUUAGUUCGUAAGAGGAAAGAAAGGUGGAAGUUGGGAAGAAAGGAAGGAAAACCCCUACUGUUAGGUUAGAAUUGGGGUUACUGUUAGGGAACCGCCACGGCAAGAGGGAUAACAAAUGUUGGUUUUCCAUCAAGACGAAGGCGCGUGCAGUCAUAGUAUAUGGGUUUUUGUGUGCUCCUAGAAUGACCCGAACCGAGGAUGUGCGGAAUGAAACAUUUGGUAGUCGUGGAUGACAAUAAAAGCUGAGACGGAAGAAAAACCGCUAAACCAAAACGCGUGCGAGAACGAAAGCGCAUGAUUUUCCCCGCGUGACGGUUCUGUGGCAAAGUUGCUGGAAGGUAAGCGGUAAGCGGACCUGGCGGACCGUGCGGCAAACGUUGUGCACGGACGGUGACGCUUGGCUAAGGCGCGUACGAGAACGAAACGGUUGCAAAUCGAAGUAACGAAUGCAAGAAAAAACAGCACACAAAAAAGAAAACUGCUCGCGCAAAAAAAAAACCUCAUUCACACAUACACCAGGAAAAAAGGUGGGAAAAACAAGGGUAAAAAAACCCGAACCAUCCACCCGCGCCAUCCGAAGUGUGCGAACCGAUGCGCGUAAAAGAGAACUCCCAAGCUGAAAGAACAAACACCAUAAAGGGGCAGAGGAAAAUCCGCAACCAAGACAGUGCGACAAAGAAACGCUGGCAAAAGAAAAGCGAAUUCUCUGCGAGCGAAACGGGGAAAAUGUGAGUGCGUGCGCUCUUCACACCCCACCUCCAACUCCCCCUCUUCCCCUGCCACCAACCCCGUCAUUCACAAUCGUACGAACCGAAGCGAGAAAGCCAGCUCGCUGUAUGCGCCUGUACAGCAGCAAGCAGACGGCAGACGGUAUGAGAAGGGUGCGCAGAUUUUUUUCCCUGUUUCGCGCAAUAGGAGUGUGAGGGUUGCGUGUAACGGUAAGGGAUGAAACAUCGGUAAAAGAAGGAAAAACGAUACCCGUCCCUGUCGGGCGGAUGGAACGAAACUCAGCAAAAAAAAAUAUAAAAAAAUAAACGAAAAAUAAAAAAAGGGGCAGGAAAAGCGCGUGCUGGGCGAAAAGCGAGCGAACUAAGCAGCGACAUAAACGGGACACGGGUGUUGUGUUUGGCUGUGUGUGGCGGUUACCCGUUGCUGGUUGCCGAUUGGAGAAAUAAAAAUGGAACUUUUGCACAAGCGUUCGUGUGCGUUUGUGUGUAUACAUCAUAGCGUGCGCACAUUUUUAUGUACUGCAACAACCUUUUUCGUCCCAGCCGCUAUUCCUUUCUUUCGUCCUUUUUCUCUUUAUUUUUUUUAUUUUGCUCACGUUCGCGGGUUCGACAUUAUUCGUUUCGUUUCUUACAAUUUUUGUUGUUGUUGUUGUUGUAUUUUCCUUUUAUUUGGGGUACUACUAGUCUUUUUUUUGGCUCCGAUUUUCCAGUUUGGGUUGUGCGCCGUUGAUUUUUGAUUCGCGAGAACUUUUCUUCCCGCUCGCGUUAAUGUAAUUUCAGUGUGUCGAUUGCACUUUGCAGCUUCACGAUCAGAUCUCUCGUUCACGCGCGAUCACACAAAACGCCUUCAAUGUAGGCAGCGGAACUAUGGUUCCGCGCGGAUUUUUCCUUUCAGAACAUUAGGGGGAUCGGUGUGUGGAGAUGAAAAACGUAAAGAGAAGGAAAAGAAACACGAGCACACACCUACACAGACGCAUCCGGGCAAGGAAAAAUUCAUCUGUUUCGGUGCGUAGUCUAAUAUUGGCAAAACAAAAAUAAAUAAAUGAAUUUAAAAAAAUGUCUCUCCUUAAGAAAAUGGACUAACCGGGUAGGAAAAAUGGAAAAUGAGUUUAAUAAAUGGAAAUACACACAUAACAUCGUCAUCGUAACCUUUGCAGUUUUGUGGUACAAUUCGAUCUAGUGGCCAGGACGAGAGAGAAACAAAAAAAAAUAUUUUGAUGCAGGAUGCAAGCAAUUGCAUCCCCCCUAGUGGAAAGCAAAAUGCGACGGGAUUGUAGCACGUUAUUGCUACCCAUGCAGGGGUAAACGAUACAAACAUUGGAAGCGCUUUAGGGGUUGAAGGAGGGAAGAAAAAAAACGGCGCUGUACCGAAAAUACACAAAUGUACAGAAACAAACACACACACACACACACACUCAGUACACAUGGUGGAAAAACAGGGCCACACUUUUACACACUGCCAGCGCACAGGGUCGUCAACGCCGUCGUCGUCGACGUCGUAUUCGUUGGAGAUCGACAACCGCUGUAUGCCUUGCGCGUGAAUGAGACUGCGAGCGCAAGAGAGAGAGAGAGAGGGAAAGAGCGAGCGAGCGAGAGCGUAUAAGGGAAACGGUCGUUGUCGCUCUUCCCCUUUUUGCAGCAACCGUCAACCGUCAGACCCCUAGCUUUUCACUGGUUUUUCGUUCGGAUCGUUUCAUUUUCAUGCUCCUUUGCCUCGAACCUACCUACCCAACCAAUCUCCUUUAUGUGGCACAUUCUCACUCACACUUCAAAGCUACCCUCACGCUCUUCCCUUGCACCGCGGGGCAACCGACCUAACCAACCAACCAACCAACCGACCGACCGACCAACCGACCGACCGUCCAACCCGAAAUAUAGGGAGUCGAAAAGGAAUCGAAAAAUAUUUUUUAAAAACAGUUUCGUUUGAGACAUUAAGCUGGUUGCAUGUCUUUUGGGAGACGAAUUCAAGUCGUGUGCGGUUUUUUUGGUCAAUGGCCGCUUCGUAAGCUUGGCCGGAUGAAAUAUACGUGCGUGCCUGUGCGUGAAUGUAAAGGCAAGUGAACUCCCAGUACAAAAGUACGUUCCCGCGCGUUUCCGAUCAGCGAAAGCCACGCGGAUUUGGGUUCCCGCUGCACCGGGUAAGGAACACGGUGGCUAGGUGUGAUAGUUCAUUUGUUUUUGGCAAAACUAUUUGUUAUAACUAAUCUGCUCGCUACUAAGCAGCAAAGAAGAAAAAACAAACAAAAGAAAAGGGUAAUCAACUAUAACCUACAUUAAGGCAACAGCAACGAUCAAACUUCGGAGCACGAAGGACGAAGGUACACAUCACAUCCAGGAGACGUUUUUUUUUCAUUUUCGGCUUGGUUAGGAAGCCUGUGUGUUUAUUUGUUUACCUGGUUACGUCGUAUUGCGCGAGUGUUACACGUGUGUGUGUGUGUGUUUGUUUGUGUGGAACGAUAUCAAACGUGCGUAUGUAUCUCUGCAUGUGUCGUGCGUCAUCGUUGGUAAUGCAGCAGUAAAAGCGUACCACGAUCGCGCAUCAAACGCGUGUACUGCGCUCGAUCAGGCUAGCAGGAAGCGUUACGCCUUUAGUAACGUCUCCCCCGGCACAACGACAUCAACGUCGGAGAAGCAUCAAUCAAAAUAAAAAAAAAGCCUCAGUGAGCCGGUUGAUUGAAUUAAACCAACACUCACACCCGGAAUCCCGAACAACGGCGCAAAAACCCCUGUACGGACUACGUUAAUUACUACGUUUCGGCAAUUGUUUACCCAAUCAUAUUGACAAUCAAAAUCAGCACAGCGCUACUAACAAAGCACAUGUGUUUAGGAUUGGCGCAGAUGGUUGUGUGUCGGGCGGACGGGUUUUACCCAUACGUGAGCGCUUGGCUUGAUUUGCCAGGACACUAUCAACUCGCAACUGCAGCAACCACGCUAGCGGUGUAAGUGUGUACGAGUGGGCUGUAUAUUUAGUGGUGUGUGCGUGUGCGUAGGCGCUCUUCCCUACAUUGGUGUAGAACCUGUGAAUGGUAAUGUGUUCGAUUUUAAUUAGCUGCCGAUUGUACGCAUCGUAUCCUGCCGGUGUACGGUUCGCCUUCAACCGUUAUUAGCUAGCACCAGUAUCAAACACCAAUUUACGCCUUACGUUGUAUGCGCGUGUGGGUGUGUGUGCCGUUUGCGGUGUGUAUGUGUGCGUAAAAACGCGAGAUCGCAAGGAUUGCGGUGUGUAAGCGUGUUUCUGUGCGGAUGUGCUGCUGUGUUUUUGAUGGAUAUGUUCUACUAGCGGCUGGUUUGUUAAGCGUGAAUGCAUAGAUUUAGAUGUACAUAGCCCCGGGAGCUAGCUUACCCGUUUGCCCGUGUGUAUGUUGCAACAAAACGAACAUUUGCCGUAAGGAUUAAAAAAAAACAACACCCACGCACGCACACACACACACGCGUGCAUACUGCAAAUCUAGUGCGUGUGUGUGUGAUGAUCGUGAGCAUAACGCACGGCAGCUGCAGUUUUUCACACGAGCGUGUGUUUGUGCGCGUGUCCUGCGCUUGUGUGUGUGUGUGUAAGCGCGCGCGUCGAUGAAUGUGUUGUGUGUGGGGUGGGUGUGUUGACUGUUGAUCCCAGCAUGCCCACAUAUCCUCGCGCAUUCGAUUAGUAUUGGAGCGGUUAAGAAGAACGUCAGAAAAAAAGGAAGUGCACAUUCACAUACGUUCACGGCUUUUACUACUGCCUUGCCAAUCAACCGGAACUUGUUAUAAGCAACCAUCAAACUCUUUUUUGCGCAUUCCUCCCUUUGGGAAAAACAAGAAGCUCGAAGUAUCAGCGGUAAAGCAGCAUCACCACCAUCUAAUAACCAUCACACGUGCAUCACCAGCAUCAUAUCAGCCUCAUCCAAUGCAUCUACCGGCGGCGACUAGCAGCGACUGCCAAAGCCCAUCGAUGCCGACCACAAUCAAUGACAUGUUUGCCAACCUGCACGAGAUGCUGCAGGAGUAUCAUGGCGAGCUGGUGCAGACGGGAUCGCCCGCCGUUCUUUGUUCCGCUUUGCCAACGCACUGGCGCUCGAACAAGAGCUUACCGUGCGCGUUCAAGGUGAUCGCGCUGGACGACAUCCAGGAUGGUACGCUCGUGACGAUUAAGGCCGGCAACGACGAGAACUACCAUGCGGAGCUGCGGAACGCCACGGCGGUCAUGAAGAACCAGGUGGCAAAGUUCAACGAUUUGCGCUUCGUCGGACGGUCUGGGCGUGGCAAAUCCUUCUCAAUCACCAUCACGAUCAGUUCAUAUCCGUGCCAGAUCGCAACCUACACCAAGGCGAUCAAGGUGACAGUGGACGGGCCCCGCGAACCCCGAUCUAAGCAAAAUUUUGCCUACGGACAUCCGGGUGCAUUCAAUCCUUUCAUUUUAAACGCAGGCUGGCUUGAUGCGGCCUACAUGAACUAUGCCUGGUCCGAUUACUUCCGUCAACAUCAGCAGCAACAAGCUAUUCAGGUGCCACCCCCUUCAGCAGGUCCGCAACAGACUACGUUAGGAUGCCACGACAAAGUUAGCAGUGGUACAAUAGGUAACGGACACAUCCUUGGCAGUUCCACCACUACUGCGUCUGCUGCCGUUAUAGCAGAUCCGACGACCGAUCUCGUGUCGCUCCGCUCGCCAACCAGCCAAUCAGUGCCUGCCCCGACCGUGGCCCCAGGUGUCGUUCCGCCACCAAACGGUCUCCCUACACCGGCUCUGCUCGCCAGCCCUGCCUCCACAUACCCGCCUGGAGCCAUCUCCUCAUUCGCGGUCCACGCGGACCAGCAGCUGGUCAAGUCACCCUUUUUGCCUUACGACAUAGCCGCCUUUCGUUCGACGGCAGCAGCUGCGGCGGCUGCGGCCGCAGCCGCCAAUAACGGAACACUGCGCCCUGCCCAGCUGUCUGCCACUAUCACCCUGCAUCAGUCGGCGAGUGUCGAUUCGGCUUCGUCGCGCCUUUCGCCCGCCUCAUCACGCAACUCCAACGCCAGUCCGCCUCCUGCCCUGUCGACGGCAGCAGCCGCGGCUGCUGUAGCGGCAGCCGCAGCUGCAUCCCUUCCGCCUGGUCUGCUGCAUGCGGCUCCGAAGGGAGGUAGUCAUCCGGCGCAUCACCACCACCAUCAGCAUCAACUACAUCAUCACAACCAUCAACCACGGCUGACCGUGUUCGGAACGCAGCCAGGCGUGGGCCAGUCGCCACAACUGCCAGCAGGAUCGAUGCCCGGUGUCAGUAGCAGCAGUAUCGGUAACGAUACCAGCAAUGGCGACCUUUCGUCCGCCAACGAGGAUGAGUCGGACGACGAACAGAUCGACGUGGUUAAGUCAGCCUUCAUUCCGAUCCUGCGGCCACCGGCUGCACCGUCUGCGGAGACGACCGCUUCCGGCAGCACCGGUACGCGGGAAAAUUCGCCCGACAUCUGCGAUGCGGACGUGACGGUGAUGCAAAAACCGGAAACGCCCGACUCCACUACGGCACCAACUACUGACGCAACGUCGCCGUCACGUUUCGGGCUCCGGUGCGAUCUGAAAGCGCUCUCCACGAAAAAGCAGAUCCUGCACGAAUCUGCCCCCGGGCUCGUUUGCGUCAAACAACAGCAGCAACAAACUCCGCAGCUGGAAUCACCGGAGCGUACCAAGCUUCGAUCUCCCAAUCUGAUCAAACAGGCGCAAAAGACGGUAUGGCGACCUUACUGAAGCCGGUGCGUAGGCGCUAAGGCGCAACUGUUGACCGGUUUAAGAUUGAUUUUAGGCGAUCGAUUGAAACCGGGCAAUGAACGGUGCAGUUGGUUGCUAUAACGCUGCCGAAUGACUGGACCUACCGAUACUCCCACUGAAAGGAAGCUUUUGUAAAAUUAAAAAUGGUGAUAUUAAAGUUAAAGAGAAGGAAGAAAAUAGUAUGUGGCAGGGAGAUAGCAAAAAAACAUGGAAGAAAUUACAGGUAUGAGGUGCAAGGUAAAGAGAGUUAUGUAUACACACAGCGAGAGAGAGAGAGAGAGAGAGAGAGAGAGAAAGAAAAAGAUAGAGACAAAGAAAGAGGGAUGGAGAGAAAAAGAGAGAGAGAGA